GUUGGCAAUGUGGCCAAUAUCGAUUACCGGUUUAUCUUCACUAAUUUGUUCAAUUUCUCCCCGGAUUUAUUACAGUUAAACUUAAUAAGUAAUUGGUACUGUAUGUUCAUAAGAAAAUUCGAAUUAUUUAAAUAAAAGCCAACAAUUCUUUGAUAAAACAAUCACCGGUUAGGUUUCUCUAGUUGGCAACACUUGUCUGGGGGCGUGUGCGGGUGUAUUUCAGACAAAAAUCCCUAAACCAACGAGAAAUUUUGUUAUGAGUUCUCUCCAAUUUUCCAAGUAAAAUGAGUGACUUAUUUAAAUCGGCAUAUGAGUACUUUAGUGGCCCAACGAACGGGCAAAGUGACAACAGUUUUGUGGGCCAAGUAAUAGAAAUUUCUAAUGUUAAAUUACGAAUAAAAAAAGUCAUUGCUGAAGGCGGUUUUGCUGUUGUUUUUGUUGCCCAAGACGUAGGUACUGGUAAAGACUACGCUCUGAAAAGACUUUUGGCUGCAGAUGAAGAAGCGAAGAACAAUAUUAUACAGGAAAUAAAUAUCCUGAAGAAGCUGUCAGGGCAUCCCAACAUUAUCCAGUAUUUGUCAGCAUCUUUUAUUGAUCAAUCACAAACUACACAUGGGAAGGCAGAAUUUUUACUGGUCACAGAGUUAUGCACAGGAGGGUCUUUAGCUGAGAUUUUGCAAGCAAGAAGUACGCCUUUUGAGCCAGAAAUUAUAACACGGAUAUUUUAUCAAACAUGUAGAGCGUUGGCACACAUGCACUCACAAAAUCCUCCAAUUAUUCACAGAGACUUAAAGUUAGAAAAUUUAUUGAUAAGUAAAGACGGUACAAUAAAAUUAUGUGACUUUGGUUCAGCCACUGUUGAAAUAUUUAGACCUGACUUGACGUGGUCUGCUAGCCAACAUGACAGUUUGGAAGAAAAUAUGGCCCAUUGUACAACUCCCAUGUACCGCGCCCCGGAAAUGGUCGAUACUUGGAACAACUAUUUUGUGGGCCCCCCUGUCGACAUCUGGGCCUUGGGCUGCCUUCUUUACGUCUUUUGUUACAUGAAACACCCGUUUGAAGACAGCGCUAAAUUGCGAAUUAUUAACGCUAAUUACAAUCUUCCUUCUGAUCCUAAAUAUUCAUGCUUCCAAGACAUUAUCCGUGGCUGUCUCCAAGUCAAUCCCGAGCAGCGCUUGACCGUCUCUGGAGUUCUAGAACGGGUGGCUGCCAUCGCCGAAUCCAACGGUUUCAACUUGAGAGCCCCCUUACAGUUCCAACAGAAACAAUCCCCGGAGCUCGACCACAGUUCCGGCGAUGGGGUGCACAAUAACGUGAAGCCUCCACCUCGUCCUGUACCCCCAAGACCGCAACCGGUUCCCGAACGGCCGCCACAGCCCCCCCAGAGACCCGCAAUGCCGGUGCAAAGACCUCCGGAGGUGAAACAAUCGGGGCUGUUUUCAUCAUUGAAGGGAGGAGCUGGGAGUUUUUUAAAGAAUUUGAAAGAUACGAGUUCAAAAGUGAUGGCAACUAUGCAACAAUCGAUUGCAAGGACGGAUUUGGAUAUGAGUUAUGUAACUUCUCGUAUUUUGGUAAUGCCGUAUCCGUCAGAAGGCAUUGAGUCUGCGUAUAAAACUAAUCACAUUGAAGAUGUGCGAGUAUUUUUGGAUUCAAGGCACCCGAAUUUGAAGUAUUCCGUUUAUAACCUUAGUGGAAAAUCGUAUCAUUCAAAGUUUGGACAAGCGAGAGUUGUUGACUGUACGUUUGCAUAUCCUGAACAUUUUAAAGCUCCGUUGUUGAAUUCACUGUACCAACUUUGCGAGGAUAUUUACCAAUAUUUGGCUGGUGAUAGUCGGAAUGUGGUUGUUGUUCAUUGCACGGAUGGAAAAGCUACUUCAGCCACUCUCGUAUGCGGCUUGUUUAUUUAUUCAUUUCUUUACGAAGUUCCUGAAGAUGCCCUACAAAUGUUUGCCGUCAAACGAUGUCCACCAAAUAUGAGACCCUCCGAAUUAAGAUAUUUGUAUUAUUUGGCAGACAUCGUGAAAAAUCCGCCGGUCUAUCCGCACUAUAAGCCGGUCACUUUGGUAUCAAUUCAGAUGCAACCGGUCCCACUUUUUACCAAAAUUAGAGAUGGGUGUCGCCCGUAUUUGGAAAUUUACAGCGAGAAUCGGUGUCUACUUUCAACGCUACAAGACUAUGAGAAAAUGAGAUUGUAUAAUGUUACAGAGGGAAAAGUUUUAUUACCGAUCAAUGUGAGUGUUUGUGGGGACGUUUGCAUUAUUAUCUACCACGCGAGGAACAUCCUGGGGGGCGUUAUGACCCAAGGCAAGGCAACAGGGAUUAAAAUCUGUCAACUGCAACUACACACCGGUUUUAUACCGGAAGAAGAAACUUGUUUGAAGUUUAACAAGUCAGAAUUAGAUGAAAUAUCCGAUAGUCAAGAUCACUACCAGGAUAGAUUUUUGGUUAUGUUAAAUAUUUUUGUGUCCGAUUCUGAACGAAAACCCUCCCAGCCACCCCCAUGGUUGACGGACAAGACGCAACGAGCUUAUGAUACUAUGUUUAGUUCGAAAUUAGAACAAGACGAGACGAUAGAUAAUUUUGCCAGUAAACAACCUAAACGGGAGCAAAUAUCACCACAAAAGCCCCCAGAACGUCCGAACAAGCCUGCACCCCCGUCUCCCCGACCCACACAUGUUGAUGUAGAACAGAGAGAUUCCAGUGAUUCCGAAGUGGAGCAAGUCAAGCCAACUCCUAGGCCUGUGGAGCCUCCUUUAAUCGAAGCCGUCGACCUUCUCAACCUCAAUACUACCCCUAACUCCUCGACCAUAAAACCCUCCGCAAGCUCAAACUUCGAUCUCUUAAGCGGUUUAGACUCCUCCAAUGACAACUUCUCCACAUUUCCCUCCAAUCCCGCUCCUAACCCUCAACCCUCCCUCUUCGACCCGUUCGGUUCCUCCAAUCCUCAAAGCAACCUUCUUGGCGAUUGGGGUAAUUUCAAUUCGGCUCCGAAUCAACCCCCUGAAGCCCAACCCCAGAAACCCACCGAUUUUUUCGCCGAUUUGGGUAACCUGGGUGGAGGUGCAUGGAACAGCAACGCGUCCUCUCCUAUUAAAGUUCCUCCCACAACUCCCCAACAAGGGGGAACGCCCCAACACAAACCCGUCACACCGCAACAUCAGGCCAAGUCGCCGGCUGAUUAUAGUAGAUCUCAUUUCGAAACGCUCAACGACAAGAAUGAGAAAGGGAAGCCGAAAAGUGAUGAUUUCUUUGGGGAUUUGUUGGGGUCGCAGGGGUACAAGUUUAGUGCGAAAAAAGAUAAUGCCCCUAGGACGAUUAAUGAUAUGAGAAAGGAAGAUAUGGCGACUUAUAUGGAUCCUGAUAAGAUUAAAAUCAUGGAGUGGAAAGAGGGUAAAAAGAAUAAUAUUAGGGCUUUGCUGUGUUCGCUACAUACAGUUCUAUGGGAGGGAACGAAAUGGAAUAAGUGCGAUAUGUCGCAGCUUGUGACACCCGUUGAUGUCAAAAAGGCUUACAGGAAGGCCUGCUUGGCGGUACAUCCGGAUAAGCAAACGGGUACCGAUAAAGAGAACAUGGCCAAGCUGAUUUUUAUGGAAUUGAACAAUGCCUGGAGUGACUUCGAAAAUGAUGCCUCCCAACAAAAUAUCUUCACUAGUUAAUUCUUCUCUACUAUGUGAUCAUUCCUUUUUAUGAUUAACUUAUAGAUUAUUUAUUUUUUAGGUAAAUUUUAUUUCAAUUUUACAUAACAAUGAUGUAGCUCUAAAGUGAUGACUUUAAUUAUAUGAAAAAAUAAAAGCAAUUGUCGAAUUUAGACAAUAUUUUAAUCAUAGUUACUUUAGAGAUGUUGUUGUUAAAAAUUGAGCGCUGAUAAUAAUGAUAUUAUACUUAAUAGUUUUGUUUUUGUAUUGUUUAGAAUCUAUUUUUAUAUUGUGUCACUGUUACAUAAAUAACGUCAUCUGUGCAAUUCCAAUAUUACGAAUUUGUUUUUUCAGUGUUCUUGUUUUUAAAUUUUAUUCAAGUUGCAAACUACAAAAAAUAUAUGUCAA